AUGAGUGGACAAAUGAAGACGAAGCUCAACGUUCAUGUGUGGAGGAACACACUUCUCAUCCUGUGCAGCAGCCUUUGUCUAGCUGUCACUGCCUCAGAAACAGAGCGGCGGCUCCAUCUGAAACUAUUUGAAAACUACAACAUGAAAGUCAGACCAGCUCGUUACUGGGAGGAGAAGGUGAUGGUGCGAGUGGGGAUGACCCUCUCCCAGCUUGUCAGCUUGAACGAGAAGAACGGUGAGAUGACAACAAACGUGUUCAUGAAUCUGGCAUGGACAGACUACAGGCUGACAUGGAACCCAGAGGAGUACGACAGCAUCGAUGUUUUGAGGAUUCCACCAAACAAGGUGUGGCGUCCUGACAUCUACCUCAUAAACAAUAAUGAUGGUCAGUUUGACGUGGCUCUCUAUGUCAACGUCUUAGUUUACAGUGAUGGAACAGUCAACUGGCUUCCCCCAGCCAUCUACCGCAGCUCCUGCUCUAUAGAGGUGGCAUACUUCCCCUUUGACUGGCAGAACUGCAGCAUGGUUUUCCGCUCAUACACCUAUGAUGCCUCUGAGGUAGACCUGCAAUACUUUCUGGAUGACAACGGCAAAGAGAUCCAUGAGAUUGUUAUAGAUGAGAACGUUUUCACUGAGAAUGGAGAAUGGGCCAUCUGUCACAAACCCAGCAGGAAGAACGUCAAGGAGGACCUGUAUGAGGACAUCACCUUCUACCUCAUCAUAGAGAGAAAGCCUCUAUUCUACAUCAUCAACAUCAUUGUGCCCUGCAUCCUCACCAGUGUGUUGGCUAUAUUUGUCUUCUAUCUACCCCCUGGAGCAGGUGAGAAGAUGACUCUCUCUAUUUCUGUCCUCAUUGCUCUGACCGUCUUUAUGCUGCUGCUGGCUGACAGGGUCCCUGAGACGUCCCUCGGUAUCCCAAUUAUUGUCAAUUAUGUCAUGUUUACAAUGAUCCUGGUUACAUUCUCUGUCAUCCUGAGUGUGGUCGUCCUCAACUUACACCAUCGAACACCCAGCACACACACGAUGCCAAACUGGGUUCGAAAGGUCUUCAUCCAUUUUCUGCCCAAGUACAUCGGCAUGAUGAGACCAAAGCAAGAAGAACCUCUGACAAAAGAGGAGUCUAAUGACGACACAUUUAUCCGAAGCUUCAAUGGUUGGCAGCCUGGAGGAGAGUACUUUGUUCGCAAGAUCAACCCAGAUCUUGUUUUACCCUGGAGAGGCAGGUGUGAGAGCACAGUGCAGCUCCAGCGACUCCCGAACACUGACAACUACUGCCUGAUCCUCCCUCCCAACCUGAAGUCGGCCAUUGCUGCUGUUACAUAUAUGGCUGAGCAGCUGAAGAAGCAGGACGUGGAUGACACUAUGACGAGUGAUUGGCAGUAUGUCGCCCUCGUGGUGGAUCGUCUUUUUCUGUGGUUGUUUGUCAUCAUCAGCACUCUGGGCACCCUGGCCAUGUUCUUGGAUGCUAGCUUCAACUACACUCCUGAUAACCCCUUCCCAUAGAAGAUCACACACACACAUUGUGUGGCUGUCACUAUAUUUGUAUUUCUUCUUGGUGCUUUUUGCAAU